UCGUAAACAGAUCGUUUCCUUUAAGAUGAAUCAAAAUACAGCGCUGUGCACUGCUGUUACGUUAGGACACAAAGACAUUGUUGAGUAUCUUCUUAAAAACUGUGAGGCUGAUAUCAAUCAAAGAGGAAUUUUCACAGACGAAAAGGAUAACCAACAUAAAGUUCCACCAAUUUGGUGCGCAGCGGAAUCCGGGAGAGUGGAUAUUGCUAGUUUGCUGUUAUUUUAUGGAGCAGACGUGAAUGGUUGUUCAAACACAGAAUCAACUCCAGUUCGUUGUGCAUGUUUCAUGAACCACCAGCCUAUGGUAGAAUUUUUAGUUGAAAACGGAGGAAACCUUUCGAAAACUAAUAUAUACGGUGGAACAUGCUUGAUAAAUUCGGUUGGGUGCUCGGGGAUUGUUGAAUUUUUAAUUGCAAAGGGUGUGGAAGUUAAUUCAGCUGACAGAAAUGGCUGGACUGCACUUCAUUAUGCUGCUGAAGAAGGUCAUGAAAACAGUGUUAGGAUUCUACUGACCAAUAAAGCUGAUUACACCAUACGAAAUAAAACUAACAGAACGGCACUAGAUUUGGCAGCAUAUAACGGACAUGAUUUCGUUGUUGAGGCUUUUAUGAAGAAAGAGUGUGGUACUAAGAUUGAGCUCGUCGAUUCAUAUGAACUGCUAGGAUGUCACCAUGUUGAUACAGAUAUUGAAAAGGCACGUAAAUUCUGGAUGAAGGCUCUCGGAAUGCGUUUCGAAUUUUCAGUAAAUUCAAUGAAUAAGUGUCAUACUUCUGAAAACUUCCUGUCAAAAUCUGCCUUUGCUGAUACGACGGAAAUAACAUCAGCCAAAGAACUUAAACACAUAAAAGAUGAGCACUUAAAUUUAAGUCAUACAUAUGUGUUGUUUAAAUCUAUGAGGAUCUUGACGGGGUCCUUCAUUUUUGUUUUUAUUAUAGUUUAUCACUCUCACUUCACGGCCUAAGAGCAGUUUCAGAAGCUUAGUUCAAACGGAGACACGGUUCCCUGAUGCGGCCUAAAGAGGAUAACGAAAUUAACUAUAUAAAUGAUCUUACAUAUAAAAUAUUUGUAUUUUGCGUUAUUGAUCGUUCCUGAUGAAGUAAAAUCCAGAAACGUGAAUUGGACGUAUGAAAUUUAUAAGAUAAGAUAAGAUAAGAUAAGAUAAGAUAAGAUAAUUUUAUUAACCAAUCAAG